AUGUUAGCAUUAGCAGCGGCAAAGAAAUGGCAUUUGAAACAGCUGGACGUCAGCACUGCCUUCCUUCAUGGAGAUUUGGACAAGGAAGUUUAUAUGAAGAUACCAUCCGGUUUGGCUGUGUCACAACCAGGUUUGGUUUGUAAAUUACAAAAAUCUCUAUAUGGGCUUAAGCAAACAAGCAGGCAAUGGAACAUUAAGCUCACUCAGACUCUUGUGGAUGCUGGUUAUAAGCAGUUUUUUUAUGAUCAUUCACUGUUCAUCAAGAAACAAUCUAAAAGCUUCACUGCCAUUCUAGUAUAUGUUGAUGCCUUGGUUUUAACCGGGAAUGACAUUAGUGAAAUCAAUUCCAUCAAGCAAAAUUUAGAUGACAAAUUCAAAAUAAAGGAUCUUGGUGAUCUCAAAUACUUCUUGGGAAUGGAAGUAGCACGCUCUAACUCUGGAAUUCACAUUUAUCAGCGGAAGUACACCAUGGACCUUCUCAGCGAUUUUGGUUAUCUAGAUUGCAAGCCUCUCUCUACCCAUUUGAUUAUAGUCAGAAACUCUCAAAGGAAUCAGGCUGCUUUUCGUGUACUCCGAUAUUUAAAAGGCCGACCUGCAACUGGUCUCUUCUUCUCCUCUAUUUCUACUCUGCAUCUCACUGGAUUUGUCGACGUUGACUGGGCUACCUGUGCCGAUACUCUUCGCUCCGUUUCCGGUUAUUGCUUCAUGCUUGGGAACUCUCUCAUUAGCUGGAAGAGUAAGAAGCAAACCACAGUUGCCAAGUCUUCUACAGAAGCUGAAUAUAGGUCUCUUGUUGUUGCCACUUGUGAAGCUAGUUGGUUAUCUUUUUUAAUGGAUUUCAUUGGUUUGCUGCUUCAAAAGUCUAUCACUCUAUUCUCACAUUGCCAAUAA